AUGCCUAACAAGUACAACAAACUAAUUGAGAAGAACAAGAAGAUACACGAUUCGCUACUGCAAGAGAUAAAUAGCACGUCGAAGAAGGCGAAGAGGAAGAUGACGAAGAAUGUCGAGUCGGUGACAGACAGGCUCCAGGCGAGAAUUGACAAAAUUGUCAAGGAUUUUGACAAGAAAAUAGUACGGAAGAAGCAGGAGAUGGCCAAACUGACUAAAAAGGUGGAUGAAAUCAACAAAAUGAGCAAGAACCUGAAAACUGAGGAUUUUCUGACUGAAGCCAAGGAAUUGAAGAAUCAGAUACUGAAACUGAUAAAGGACAAAAUCAGCUAUUUGGGUGAAUUCAAGGAGAAUCAGAGCAUAAUUUAUGACAAGGAGUUCGAGAAGCUGACUAAGAGAACCAAUAAGACGAUGGAUGGCGCCAAGAAGGAGAUAAAUGAGAGCUUCACUGGGGCCAAUAAGCCAGGUGACUAA